GUCCUCCAGCGCCACACGUUCACCGGGGCCAUCAACAAAACAGUCUCAUGUUUGUGUUCAUGAAAUGAUAUCACUAAAAGUUGGUCGGAAUUAGUUUAUAGCAUCACACAUACCAUACACUCAAUAUACUUCAAGACAAACAUAGAAAAUAUGCCUGAUACAAAACGAUCGUCGCUCCAUUAUGAAACAGUGUGUUAUCAUGUGACAUGACGCUAUCCUCAGCGCUGGAAAGGAAAGUUGUGAUUUGUUCAUUUUAGUACCAUGUAAGCGUCAACAUUGUAGUACAGCUUCCUACGAAGAGCAUCGAAUAGCUAGUUUGAUCUUGUAGCCUGUAAGAGGAGAGUUAGAAAACCUUGACUGUUUAGAGCAAGGAGCUCAAAGACCAUCUGAGUGGGGCGAGUUGCCACACUUUCCGUGGUGUUUUGAUAUUCUCUCCCUCUCUCCGCAGCACCAACACUGUUCUGCCCACCGAUGCUCCGCUCACCAUUGUCAUGCACAGACAUCACAAAGAAAGCUAGUCAUUAAAAUUGUAGCACCUCCUGUACCUGUUACAAUUUCGAUAUCUCAAUAUUAUUCUAUGAAACAGCAAAAACAAGAUAACAGAGAAUGAAGUGAGCACACAGGCGCGGCGGGACGCGGCAACGCAGGAAGCGGGGUAUAAGAAGCGCCAGCCGGUGGAUGGUCAGCACUUCCCUCACAGCGACCAUACGCACCGCACGUUCCACAUAACUUAGUGACAUGUCGUCCCAACGCUACGCAAGAGCCCUUCUUUCAGGGGCCGCGGCCCUCAGAAACACAGCCAGGCUACAGGUGAGCCGCCGCAGCCACACCUGUGCCCACAGCCGCAGUUUGACCCUGGCGGCCGCCGCGCGCCAGCAGCUGGGCUACGAGGAGUCUGUACGUCCAGGCAUCGGGGUGAUGGCGGCCAGCACAGGCAGCGAUUCCCUUCACCUUCAGUUCUGUGACGGGCGGACCAGCCAGAUCCCUUACAGCUUCCUCAGAGACCACUGCAAGUGCCACAGGUGCCGUACUCACCUCACCACUGAUAUACACACGGAGUUCCAGCCCGCCAUCCAGCCUGAGAUCAUUCAGAGCAACGUGUUUGGAGUGGUGAUUGACUGGAGUGACGGCCACAUCAGCAAGUACUCUGGCGAGUGGCUGCACGAUGCGACCCACGACCUCAACUUCUGCCUCAGCUGAAGGACACGAUACUUCCCGGCAGCAGGCAUCCAGCGCCCUAGGUAGGCUCGCCCCUGCUGCUGUGUACCAAAGCGGAUGCUUCGAGAGCAGAGUCCAGCUGGACUUUGUCCAUUACUUGGUGUUUUAUGUAAUUCAUUGUAUUGAUUGAGUAAGGCGGGAGUCAAGCGGACGACUCGCCGUCCCUGUGUUACACUGCAUGCCAGCUUCCCUACCAUGAGUCGCCAUAGCCUGGCGCCUCGCUCACCUUAGUCAGCGCGGGAAGAAGAGGAACAAUUCGCCGCAGGGGGCGGGCAUCACGUGCCCGAGAUGGAUCUCCUCGGCGUUAGAAUAUGGAUGCGGAAUCACGCGUCAGCACUUCACACUCGCUUCCUCCAUUGGCAUUUCGUAGCAGGGACACGCUUGCCAUUUGUUAUGAGACGGAAUGGCCCAUUUAUUGUGUACAGUAUUUAAUAAUAAACUAGUCAUGUA